AAGAACCAGAAGACCCCAACAGCCGUUCCUUUUUCUCCGAAAUUAUUUCUUCGGUGUCAGACGUGAAAUUCAGCCACAGUGGGCGCUACUUGCUAGCGAGGGAUUACCUCACCGUCAAAGUUUGGGAUCUGAAUAUGGAAACAAAGCCUAUAGAAAUAUAUCAGGUUCAUGAUUACCUUAGAAGCAAGUUGUGUUCGCUCUAUGAAAACGACUGCAUUUUUGACAAAUUUGAAUGUGCAUGGAACGGGUCCGACAGUGUCAUCAUGACCGGGGCCUACAACAACUUUUUCCGAAUGUUUGACCGAAACACGAAGCGCGACGUGACUUUGGAGGCCUCCCGCGAGAACAGCAAGCCUCGGGCGAUCCUGAAGCCUCGCCGUGUGUGCGCCGGGGGCAAGAGGCGGAAAGACGAUAUCAGCGCCGACAGCCUGGACUUCACCCAAAAAAUUUUGCACACCGCCUGGCACCCCACGGAAAACAUCAUUGCUAUUGCGGCCACAAACAAUCUGUAUAUCUUUCAAGACAAAAUGAACACGGAAGUGCAUUAGUUCCCACUGGAGAGAGAGAGAGACGUCUUUGGACCAAUACCGCUACUUGCUUGAUGAGAGAAAAGCCUUUAUUGGGAAGUAAACACCCUGUAAAUCGACGGAGUUUACUCCCCAAUAAAUGUCUGCAGCAAUAAGAUGUAUGUGGAUUAAAUUAUUUCAUGACCCACCACCCAGUCCUUUGGCGACCACUCUAUAUUUUAAUUCAUUGCAACCGCCAUACAGUCAUCUCAAAAAUAAAUUCUCCUUAUGACCAGGUGGCUGGCGUCUGUUUCAUUACUCAUCAUUUUAUUCCGGUUCCUGUUCGACACGGUCCUUGUCGAACGGUCCUUGUCAUAACCUCAGAGGUGGUAAUUCAGCCGGUUCGGACCAGUUCAGGCAAACCGGUAGCACCGACGGUCAGUUGGUCCCACCCAUCCGCCCCUGCUCUAUCCUGCCCUUUAUUUCCUGCUUUGUAGCUCAUCUCAAUCGUGAGGCACAGCUGACUCCCCUCCCCUUGCUGUUCUACUUACCGUUGCUGAUUUGGAAGG